CUGUCAGGCAGCCAGGGGAUGUGCACGGGAAAACAACAAAUCCCAUCAGGCAGCAGUGAGGCUGGCCCUGGGGUGCUGUGGAUUUGCCCCUUAGGUUGGUUUUUGGGCUGUGGGUGCUGCCAUCCCCCCCCAGAGCUUUGGCUGGUGCCAGCAGAAGGUGAGCCCUCCGUGCAGCCUCUCCCAUGCUGGGGGCACCUGGAAUGGCUCUUGUAUGCUAUCUGUGUUCAUAAACUUCCCAAGAGUUCCUGUUUGCAGGGCUCAGCAAAAUGAGUCUCCCUGGUUUGACAGAGGGUCAGAGGGGCUUGCAAAUGGUAUUUCUGCAAGACAUCAGCAGCCUGUGCUCUGUCAGGUGUGUCUCGGUUUAUUGCCUCACGUUACUCCAGUUUUACUUCCACUUUCCACUUCAAAUAUUGAUGGUCUUGAAAGUGCAUUUGGAUCCCAGACAUUUUCCAUCACAGAACAAAUCAAGAGCUCCUCUCCUAUCUCAGAGCAAUGCAGACAGCUUAAUAUCAUAUGACCUCAUUUCUCCAAAUUAAAUGAAAGAAGAAUUUUCACUAGCUUUCCAUGAAGCUCAGCUAUUGCCUGUUAAUUUUGACUGUUAGUGCUGGUCUUUCAGUUGGAUUCACAGUGGAAAAUGUAGCUUUUAACAGGACAGUUGCUUUUAGAUCUUUCAAUGCAUCACUUCAUGCAGUGUCUCAAGCUUUAACGAGUUCUUCAGCACACCAUGAUAUCAUAGCCAAAGAGGGGAGCAGUGUUUUAAUUGAAUGUAAACUGAACAUCAGCCAGUAUGAACGUAUCCUUUGGUAUAACUCCAGAGGACACCUGCUUGAACAGAAAGAUGAAGCUCUGCUUAUUUCUUGCCCCUCUGCAGAUGACCGGUGGAGGAUUGCUGAUAAUUCCCUCAACAUCACAAAGGUCAGCUUUGCUGACCGGGGCCGGUACACGUGUGCAGGCAUUAAUCAUAACGAGACCUUGUACUACACAGUCACCCUGAGGGUUAUCUUCACCUCCGGGGACAUGAGCAUCUACUACAUGAUUGUGUGCCUCGUUGCCUUUGCCAUCACCCUCAUUUUGAACAUCACCCGCCUGUGCAUGAUGAGCAGCCACCUCCGCAAAACGGAGAAGGCCAUCAACGAGUUCUUCCGGACGGAAGGGGCUGAGAAGCUGCAGAAGGCUUUCGAGAUAGCCAAGCGUAUCCCCAUCAUCACAUCUGCCAAAACGCUCGAGCUGGCCAAAGUCACUCAGUUUAAGACCAUGGAGUUUGCUCGCUACAUCGAAGAGCUCGCCAGGAGCAUUCCCCUCCCGCCUCUGAUCCUUAACUGCAGGGCGUUCAUGGAGGAGAUCUUCGAGGCCGUGCGGGUGGACGACCCCGACGAGGUGGGCAAGGAGGACAAGCAGCCCCCCGGCUGCGGGGCCCAGGCCGCGCUGUUCCCCGGGAGCGCGGAGCUGAAGCGCAGCGAUUCCCCGGCCGUGGACUCGGACGAUGGCUCCCUGAGCGAGCAGGGCCAGGAGAUCGCUGUGCAGGUGUCCAUCCACCCCCAGUGCCAAGGGCAGAGCAUCGACACCGUGUCUCACGGCAGCUGCCACUCUGUGCCUGCUGAGGAAGGCACCUGCUGAGCCUGGUGAUCCACAGAGGGGGUGAAGGAAGCUCAGGGGAUCCAAGGGUACUGUGAGAAAAGGGUCUGCAAACAAGCUGCCUCAUCCCAUGUGCACAACAGUUUUCCAAAUUGCAAGGUGCCAGAAGUACUUCUGAAGUGUGUAUUUUCUGUCAGUGUUGAUUUAACAAUUCCAGUCUGCUAGAAAAGGCCAUUUGGAAUAUUGUGCGGGGGCUUUACUUUCUAAAGCAGGCUUGCUAUAUUUAAAAUAGUCACAAAACAGGAAUUCUUUGUCCUUGGCUCCUUGGUAGCUUUUGAUACUUCAGAUCUGUGUGAGGAGUGACCAAGCUGAGCUGUACAACUUGCAAUAAGAACUUUUCCUUUGUGAGCUCCUUCUUUCUUCACAAAGUUGUGCUGAAAUUCCUUUGAGUCGGUGGUGUUGUCCUGAUGAAUUGAGUUCUGUGCUCUUUUUGAGUUGCCUCUUGGUGCGUGUAGCCCAUCAGAACCACAGUGAGCUUGAACAAAUCUGGUUUGUGUCACAUGCUUGUGUUGCUAUCAAAAUGUACUGUACUUAGAAAAGAAUAGUGCCAGAAUCUGCUGCUGGAUUAAAUGAAUUGUUGUAGUUUCAAAGCAGCUUAGAGAACAACCAGGAGGUCUGAGUUUUCUGUGCAUCUGCAGGAAACUUGUGGGUAUUUUAAAAGCUUGUUGCUUAAACUUGGUGCUGAUUGCCAAAGCGCCUUACCCCAGUCCUGUCCCACAGAAAGGAGCAGUGACAGCACUUCUGGCACUGCCUGGCUUUUCAUUAUGCUGAUUUCACUCACUAUAGGAAAUCCAAAGUUUUAUAUUGUAUUUGACGUUGUGGUGAGAAAAGGAUGACAGUAAUCACAUCGUGGCAAAACUAAGAAAUGAAUUCAUCAUCUACAGACAGGUGUCUCAGGCACAUCUUCCUGAACAGCAUUAUAAUAAAGCAGGUGAAAAGUAGUGACACUGAGUCGCUCUGCUCCGGCUGGUCCUGUCAGAAGGCAGCGGCAGAGAGUGGGGCUGGCUGAGCUGUUUGCCAGCCACUGUUUGCAGGAGGGGAGUGACUCACUGAUAGAGCCCAGCCUUGUGUGCUGCAGAGGUGGCAGAAGGGAGAGCUGCAGCUGCUGGCAUAUGUACACAAGUACUUCACCAAGGAUCUCCCACCUGGCUUCCUCAGCUGUAGAGAUCCAGGCUCCAGGAAUCAGAGUGCAGACAAGAAUCUACUUUCUUCUUCCACUCUUUGGUGCUGUUUUUUUUCUCCUUAACAUUUGUACGACUUAAAUAGCAUUUUAUAUCCUGUUGAGAUUUAGUAGAUGUAAAGCUUGUAAGCACUCCACAUAUUAAUUUCUUACAACUACUGGAAGCAUAUUGCCAUAUAAUUUUAACAGCUUGGCAACAGGAGUGCCAUUUAAUUUCACACAACUCUUUUUUCUUUCCUUAUUAUUACAGAAAUGUCAGUUUAACAAGUGAUUCUGGAGGACUGCUCAGGAUUCUUAAGAGGAUUUGACAUUACAUUUACAUGAGUAGAGGUGGAAAACAAGCAGGCACAGUGGUAAUAGGAGGGUGGGGCUCUCUGUGGUAAUACAUGCUCAGAAAGAAGGGGCUGAAUGAAUUAUAGUUACCAUAUCAGAGACAGGGAAAUGACAGCAUCUAUUACCAUUCUAAACUACCUUCUGGGGAAAUUCCUGCAGUCAGCCACCAGUUAAAUCACCCUAGUUGCCUUUGGCCUGUCAGGUAAGAGUAGUGUUAGUCAGGAAGGAAAAUGCUAGCCUUUAUUACAGUAACAUUCCCACCAGCUUGGUGCCAUUUCCAAGACUGUAGCAAACAUUGUUUCAGGGGAAUAAAACCUUCUGUACCUACUUCAAGUAGCUGCCUCAACAGUGACUUCUUUUUUUGUUUCCAUAGUUUGAUGGCACUUUAUGUCCAGGUGAAAAUUUUGCAUAGUUUUGUGUGACCUGUCUAGUUUCUUUUAAGUUUUUUGAUGUUAUCAGUGUUAAAAGAUACUCUGUGGAUAAAUACCUAUUUCUCUUAGAAGAAGGAAGCUGCUAGCUUCACUUCUGUGCUACAAUGGCUUCUGCAGGUUUGUGUGAGGGGAGAUUUGGGAUUUGGGAGUUUGCAGCCUUUAGGAUGCACUGGUCCAAAGAGGUGAAGGCUACAAGAGAGAAUGAUCUGCUUCAAUCUCCUUUGUGCCACAGGCCAUCAGAAUGUAGCUGCACCUGCCUUAUUUCCUUAUAAACAGCUCUCCUUGUUUCUGGAACUGAUAUUCAACAUAUGGAUGUGUUACCCCUAAAUAUACAAACAGUGUGAGAUGCCACUACAAAAUCUAAACUAUUUAAUUGCUUCCUAAGAAGCAGUUAUGAUUGACAGAUGUCACAUCAGAAGUGGCAGCUUACAGGCAGCAGAAUGACAUUGGAGGUGUGUCAGAUGAGUGCCAGGAGAGCAGUUUCGAGACUGAUUUGAUCUCUUUUUUUUGAUUUUUAUACUUUAUUUACAUAGCUCCAAGUUCUUACUGAGCACAGUUACCUGGUGUCUUCAUACAUCCUAUUGCUGGUUGAGAGGAAAGAGUGACCAUGCAUGAAGUCCUCAGAAAUGCAGUUGCAGUGUCAAUUGCUGGAUGGCAAAGCUGAGAGUUUUCCUAAAUUACUACAGUAUUUUAUUCCUUACAUGAAUUUCAUUCCUGGGAAGGAGAUUGUGUUGUAAGGAUUUCAGUAUAUCAGGAGUACCUUCUGAAUGGAGGAACUGAUCCUACCCCCACUGAAUUCAGUUAGGGAGGAUUUGGAGCUCUGUGCAUUUUACAGGAUUUUUAUGGAUCUGAAAGCAAGGACGAAGGUGAUGUUACAUGGUAAAAGUGAUUUCCAGAGAAUGAAAUUUGACACCAGUUUCCAAACCAGUUUCCAAACAACUUGUGAACUAUUCUUGUUACCCUGAGAGUAGAUGUGUGCACUUAAUGUCUUUGAUGAAUUUAAUUCAACAUUAACAUUGAAAGUGUUUCUCAACUUUCUGUAGGACGAGGAGAAUCUACAGUGGUUUCCUUGCUUUAAACUAAAGUCUCUGACAAUCACAAGGCUAUUCUAUCUCUUGUGACUUACUUUAAAAAAUAUAAAAUCUACUUGUUAUCCAAGAGUACCUAAAACUAACUUUGUAGUGAUUAUUUGUAUUUACCUGGAUUGUAAUGUAACUGUUCAAUGUAACCACAUAGGAUUUCAUACUUUCAUAAAAUGAAUUGGUAGAUUUGCAAAAUAAAUCGAAAAAAAAACAACCUUGUUCUGCUGGAAUUUCUGUUUUACAAGUGAGGAGUGCCUGUCUCUCUAAGGUUACAUAGCAGCUGUAUUGAGCUCAGCAAAAUGUUGUUAAUCAGCCUGACAGAGGUCAUUGGGAUAUUCAGUCAUCUGAAGGACCAUUCCUGCUGUGACUUUUUUUUUUUUUUUUUUCUCUCACAGUCUUCAGCAGCAUCUAAUAAUGGUUCCCAGCGGCAUAUACAAACAGGUACAGACCUGAAAUGGUUUCAGGAAGGCCCUCAAACCUUUACUUCUUUGUUUCACAUUGUGUGUGUGACCUUCAACCGGGAAUCUGUUUUAUUUGUUCUUAACUUUUUCACAUGCUGGUACUAUUCUGUAUUGUAAGCACCUUUCUUUUUGUAAUCCCUCACCCCAAACUCCAAAAUCCACCUUGCUGAGGAGCUCUCUGUAGUGCCUUCCAUGAGGGUGUGCAAGUGUGAAUGAGAGCAGAAUUCACCCAGAUUGCUUUUAAAGAAGAGUCUCUGUUUGCCAGUCUCUGCACAGGGCAGAGAAUGGCAUUACAGCUGAAUAUUUGGGGAUUUUCCCAUGAGAAUCAGCUGCCUAAAGGAAGAAUUAUUGGACCCAUACUCCUCAGGCUCGGUCAAUACUCAGUCAGCAUCUGCUUUCUAUCUCCUUGUUGUGAGAGAUGCAUUAAUGAUAACAGUUCAGUUUUUUAAAGCUCCUGUAAUCUGAUCCCUCAUGAUCCUAUCCACAGUGAACAAAUUCAUCUGCAUCCAUUUAGAGCACUUUUCCAUCUGGUAACAACAGAUCAUUGCAAAGGGAACUGCAUUAAGGAUGAUUGUACUUUAAUUUUAGGUGCACGCCUUAAAAAAUGCAAUUUUUUUCUCAAUGUUACAGCACUUCUGUGAGUGAAGUCUCCAGCUGGAGACGCCACAGUGUCAUUCAACUCAGGCAAGUUGCAGCUUUAUCGACUUCCCUUCAGCCAGGUCAUUUCACACCAGCUGAGUCUCUUUCCUCUCCUCUUUUUUUAAUUGGAUAGCAGCUCAUUCAGAUGUCUCCAAAUACUGCCAGCUUUUUUUGCAUGUGGAAGUGAGAAUUACACCGUCGUUCAAAAAAAAAAUAAUUCUGCUAGAUGCUGAAAUUUCAAAAAAGCCCUAAAAGCUGGGAAGUUGUUCUUUAUCCCUGGUAAAACAGUACCUAUUCUUUGGUCAUGCCUGGCUGCCAAUGAGCGCAAUAAUGCUGAGCAAUUAGGCCUUUCAUUUGUGUUAGGCUAAUUAAUUGUUUGCACAGUGCCCUGAAUAUGGAAUCAUUUUCCUUUUGGAAAGAAUAAAAGGAUUAGAAUGGCUUUAUCCCAA